AUUGUUUCCAUAGAAACCGGUAAACUUUCCACGUGGUCUCGGCCUGAGUGUGAUCGAGAACCGAAGAUGAGUAAGAAAGGCAAGGGGAAGGCAGAGAAGACAGCUCCGGAGGGUGGAGACGGACUGACAGGAAGUUUCACGAACGAUUUCCCCAUCCACUGUCAGCAGCAGGGACUGCCGGCUGUACCAGUGAGAACCCUCACAAGGCCUGGAGCCCCGCCCACUGGAGACACGCCCACCACACCCAGUGUUUUUUUGGAAGAGGGAGUUGGUCCAGGCUUUCUAAGAGCCAUCCACCUCCGCAAUUUUCUGCUAGAAGACAGACUGCUGAAAGCUCUGACCUCAUCUCUGGAGGGAAUCCAGUGUACUGCCAUUCUGCUGUGGAAUGUUGGACUAAAUGAUGACACAACAUCUAAACUCGUCCCUCUAGUAGCUAAUUGUGCCGUCAGGAAACUUGCUCUAGAUGGAAACAAGGUGUCACCCAAUCACGUCCUGUCUCUACUCCAGACCAGCAUUGAGCAUCUCUCGCUCAAGUGCUGUUCCCUAGGCGAUGCAUUUUGUGAGGUCAUCGGUCCGGCUCUGAGUGCCAACACGUCUCUCUUGUCGCUGGAUCUAUCAUCCAAUCAGAUCACAGACGAGGGCGUGUGUCACUUGGCGCGAGGGCUGAGGUUGAACAGAACUCUACUCUCUCUAGGUCUGGCAGGCAAUAGGGUGGCUGAUGAAGGCGUCGCUGCCCUCUGUAAGGUUCUGGUAAAGUUUCCACUGACUAGAGAAGAGGAGACCCAGCGCAGGACUCUGCUUGCAGCCAAUACUCCAGAAAUACCAGUCAGCAGCUCAGGAAGAAGUUCCUCCGGAGCUAGUCUGGACAAGUCUGGACGAGGAGGGGGAAAGGGGAAGAAGAGAGAAGAGGGUGGAAAAGUAUCAGCUGCUGGUAAGGCAGGAAAGGGCGUCAAGGGUGGAGGGAAGAAGGGAGUAAAAACGGAGGUGGGGGUAGAAGAACCGCCCACAGGGUCUCAGGUGGGCAUGGCAGGUAGGAGUGACCAGCCACUGCUGGACCUGGUGACCGAAGGGGAUGGGCAACUCUGGAUGAGCGGCAACUCGUCCCUAGCACAUCUCACUCUCUCCUGCAACCGUGUGGGAGUGGAAGGUGUGGCUUCACUAUUGGGUGUCCUCCGUGCUCUGCAAAAUCCCACUAUCCCCUCUUUGCCCUCUGACCUUUCAGCCAGGGAGAGGACAGGUGAACAGACCGGCACUGGUCUCCUGAGAGUGACACUAGAGCACAAUUGUGUACCAGCUGACUGUGAUGAAGUGAAAGAGAUUACAUUGCUGAUUAAAUCACGUGAUCCACUGGCCACACCCACAACCCCACCUCACCAAACUGUAAACUAAACAAUGUUAGUCAAAGCAUGCAUUGUACAGCGCAAAGUUACAUAGUAAAGAGGACUGAGCUAUAUUAUAUACAUAAUGGUGCUCAAAACUAGUGUUCCAUGUUGUGUAUAGUGUUCAUGAUGGUCAGGCAGUACCCUCGUUAAAGAGCACGGUCCUCCCAAGAUCUUCAGACAGCCUCGGGCCCUGUGGAGGGACCUCUCUCAUCUCCCUUUCUCCACCUCCCUUCCCAUCAGGCAUGGACACUCCGUCUGUCAGCAGGCCUCUCUUGUUUCCUAUCAUGUUCUUCCUCUUCCUAUGCCACUCCACACUGCAGUAGGGGAGAGAUCACAUGACCAAACAGGGAGAUCACAUGACUCACCAGAAGUAAAGACCAAUGGCA